AGCGCGCGCCGCCGCCCGGCCGGGCCCGUCCCGUCCCUUCCCUUCCCUUCCCGUCCCUUCCCUUCCGAUCCCAGGCCGCGCCUCGACGACCGCCGGCCCGGCGAUGGCUCCUCCGCCUCCGCCGCUCCUGCUGCUGCUGCUCCUCCUCCUGCUGCUGGGCCCGGGCCCGUCCCGCGGGGCGUCCCGGAGGCCCAACGUGGUGCUGCUCCUCACCGACGACCAAGACUCGCUGCUGGGCGGCAUGACACCACUAAAGAAGACCAAGGCCCUUAUUGGAGAUAUGGGGAUGAGCUUCUCCAGUGCUUAUGUGCCAAGUGCACUAUGCUGUCCUAGCAGAGCCAGCAUCCUGACAGGGAAAUAUCCACACAACCAUCACGUCGUCAACAACACCUUGGAAGGAAACUGUAGCAGCACAUCUUGGCAGAAGAUUCAGGAGCCAAACACCUUCCCGGCCAUUCUAAGAUCAGCGUGUGGAUACCAGACGUUUUUUGCUGGAAAGUAUUUAAACGAGUACGGUGCCGAGGGUGCAGGAGGACUGGAGCACGUGCCGCCAGGGUGGAGUUACUGGUUUGCUUUGGAGAAGAACUCUAAAUACUACAAUUAUACUCUCUCCAUCAACGGGAAGGCCCGCAGACAUGGUGAAAACUACAGUCAAGACUACUUGACUGAUGUCCUGGCAAAUGUUUCCUUGGACUUCCUGGAAAGCAAAUCAAACUCUGAACCUUUCUUCAUGAUGAUCUCGACGCCCGCUCCCCACUCCCCUUGGAUAGCAGCUCCCCAGUACGAGAAGAGCUUCCAGAAUGUCAACGCUCCGAGAAAUAGCAACUUCAACAUCCACGGGAAGAACAAGCAUUGGCUAAUUAGGCAAGCCAAGACCCCGAUGACUAAUUCUUCGAUUCAGUUUUUAGAUGAUGCAUUUAGGAAAAGGUGGAGAACUCUGCUGUCAGUCGAUGAUUUGGUAGAAAAACUAGUGAAGAGGCUGGAUUUCCGUGGAGAGCUGAACAACACUUACAUUUUUUAUACUUCAGACAAUGGCUACCACACAGGGCAGUUUUCUUUGCCGAUAGACAAACGGCAGCUAUAUGAGUUCGACAUUAAAGUUCCCUUGCUGGUUCGAGGACCUGGAAUCAAACCAAAUCAGACUAACAAGAUGCUUAUCGCAAACAUCGACUUGGGGCCCACUAUUUUGGACAUCGCAGGUUAUGACCUGAACAAGACACAGAUGGACGGGAUGUCAUUGUUGCCACUGUUGAGGGACACAAAGAACCUGACUUGGAGGUCAGACGUCCUGGUCGAGUACCAGGGUGAAGGUUACAAUGGCACCAAUCCAACCUGCCCCACCCUGGGCCCCGGAGUCACUCACUGUUUCCCUGAUUGCGUAUGCGAGGAUGCCUACAACAACACAUACGCCUGCGUGAGAACAGUGUCUGCCUCCUGGGACCUGCAGUAUUGUGAAUUCGAUGACCAGGAGGUGUUCGUGGAAGUCUACAACCUGACAGCCGACCCUCACCAGAUUGAGAACAUUGCUAAAACCAUAGAUCCUGAACUCUUAGGGAAGAUGAACUACCGGUUAAUGAUGUUGCAGUCCUGCUCGGGAUCAACCUGUCGCACGCCGGGGGUUUUUGACCCAGGGUAUAGGUUUGACCCCCGACUCAUGUUCAGCAAUCACGGCGGUGUCCGGACUCGCAGGUUUUCGAAACAGUCCUUGUAGCUGCCUCUCCCCAGCCUCCUCGUCCUCCUCUCGAGCCUCGCCGUGGGAUCCCUGUGCACAUCUCUCUGAUGGAAGUGAUUGUAGUAGGUCUGUGUGUAGCUAAUCUGCAAGACCACACCCGAAAGAGUUUCUCCACCGGCUUUUUGUCUUGAAAGUCCUGUGUGAAAUCGACCUAAUGAGCUGGCUGCCUUGUGCAAUAUGUGUAUUUUCAACUGUGAACUUUAAUUCUCAACAUGGAGAGCUGUGGGCCAAUCCGUAGUUGGUUUUUUUGGUUUUGGGGUUUUUUUUUUCAACUAUCUAGCUCUUUGGGGCUUUUUCUAAAUAACCUUCCCACCCUGGUUCCGGCGGGGAUCUCUCUUGUGAGGACCUUUUGGAUCUGCCUAUGGCUUUUACCCGCAGAAGGCUGAGUUUUCCAACCGAUUUAGGUCGACUAGGCAGCCGGAGGUGCUUGGAUGUGCUCAGGGGGAUUGAGCGUGGAGACUAGGAGCUCUCCUAGCAGAAGUGCUAGCCUGGAGCCAGGGAGUUAAGCAUGGUGGCCCUCAGAUCCUUCAGAAUUGAAGCCCCUGAUUAAAAACCAGUGCCAGGGUCUACAGGCUGUAAAGCGAUAUUAUGGAUGAACCUCCAUUUGCCAUGCGGCUACGUCUCUCGAUGCAGACCCAAGGAACGUGAUCAUCCACUAGUUUGUUGAGUUCCCAGGCGAAUAGCAUGUGGCUUAAGGUGACCAGGUAGAGGGUAAAGACGAGUGAUCGGCAGGGACGCGCUUGGGUCAAAAGCGUUGAGGGCCGAGGGUUGUUUGAGUGUCCUUCCAGAGAAUGAUUCAUCCAGUCAGUUUUUCUCUUGUGUGUUCCAUGGUCCAAAACAGUCAUCCUCCUGCCUAGGCAGUUGUUGUUUGCCUCGGUCUUCAUUUUGAAAUGGCUCUUAGCUCUCCUCAGCCAUGAGACCACACGAAACUCCCACUUGUCAGCGUUUCCAGUUUGAGUCGGGACCAAUGACCUGACCAGGUGCUCUUCUCCUUCAGGAGAGGUGGCUGGUGUCUGGCCAUUGGGUGACUGAUUUGGGCAAUACAUGCUUUUAGCUUUACUCUUUCUGGAGGCAAGACAUACCUUUGAGCUUUGUUUUCACUAGUAUCCAAGUAGAUGUUUGUUUUAUAUUGGCUAAUUGCCUGAAGGGUUCCUUUACCUCAUCUUAUCUCCACUCUCCUCCUGGGGGGGGGGGACAGGGGAGCAUUCCCCAUAAAGUGAUGAAAUUGGAACUCAGCAGAGAAACUAACACCUUUGCCCUGCACACUAAUGUACCUUGUUCCCAGCCUACAAGAAAAAAAAAAAAGAAGCAACUCGUGAGGGUAGCAGUUUGCACCAGGCAGCCUCGAAGAAAAAAUUCAAUCAUCUCAGGUAAACCCGAACAUUCAAACACAGGACCCGUGGUUGGUUUCUCUCUGCGUCUAGUGUCGUCGGUGUUCCUAGAGUUGAACCAUGGGCUCCAUCUGUCCAUGUGCUCACUGUUGAAAAUGAAACCAAAGUCAUUUUUUUAGAGAGGAUCUGACUUCCCCCACACAGCUGCAAAGAGCUGCUGAGUGAAGCUUCCAAUACAAGGCAUGGGAAAUUGGUGAAACUGGUCCUAAAGUUGCCGAUCGCCAGGGGCACGGUGCUUUGCUCAGAGCCGGUGUUAGCUGGUCUCUCCUUCCUCUUUCCCGCCCUUGGGGCGGGGCUGAGAUUUAUUUUAAUUCUCCAUCCAGGCCAAAACAAGGAAAUGGUCAUUUGCAUCUUAAUUCCAAAUUAGCUGUCACUCUCCAGUGAGAAGUGUGGGGUCUUAAUCUGUUUUAAGGAGGUUCCUUCCCCUCCUCGGGUGUGAUCUUUAAGUGGCUCUGUUGGUCUGCCAUUAUUUAAGAGCCCACCCUUAGAAACAUUUCAUUAGGCUAUUUUUUUUUUAAUGUGUCGAGAGGCCAUUUGGGCUUCAAAACGAGCACCGUGGUUCUCUCCAGAACCCCCGUGUGGCACGAGAGGUAGAGGGAGUUGAAAUUUACUCCCAUUCCAGUGGAGCCGCCUCAGAGGCCAGAACCACGGGUCAGUGCUUGAGCACACACCGAGACUGAUCCUGCCAGGCUGUCUGUGGGCAUAAUGGUCCCGAGUUGUCCGAGGGCAGCGGCGGACAGCCGUGCUUCGAAGCAAAGGUGAUUUGUGGCCCCAUGUCUUCUGCAGUACCCAUUCCCGGAUCUGUCCCUCUGCCCUUUUUUUGUCUCAUCUCAGUCGUUGGUUUAGAAAGUGCCCUUCCAAGGACCCUGUUCACUGCUGCACUUUUCAAUGAAUUAAAAACUAUUUCUGUGUCUAA